AUCUGUCAAAACGCUGCGUGUAAUAUCUCUGAGCGAGGCCGCGCUGCGAAGGCACCAUCCUUCUCCAUUGUUGUCCAACUUUCGUCUGGAAACUACAAGCUCGAAUUUUUCCAAUUUCCUCUCCCAAUUUUUCAUUUUGUAAAACUGAAAGUUGAUCAAGGGGUUAACUUUUAGCAAAAAUGGAGCCACAAGAAACGUUAAUAUGGAAAGCAGAGUCGCCAGAAUCACCGGAAUCCAUGGUUUCGGUGAGUAUAGGGAAAGCCAUAACCACUCUACUGGGCGCUCGCUCCAGGAAGCUCCACGAUGCCAUUUCUCGCCUUUCUCCUGAUUCUAACAAAAGGCCUUCUCUCGGGUCCUUGGAGGAUUCCCUAUGGUUUCUGCACAAGUUCGUUAAAGACGGUGCUGAGAGAGACCAGAAAUUGGAUGAUAUUCUCAUUCCCAUCAUUCAACAUUCUUUGAGGAGCAAAGACUCAAAGCAUGGUGGGCAAGCUUUGAUACUUAUAAACUGGCUCUUUCAAGAUGAAUUUCUUUUCCAAGCUGUUGCUAGGAGUCUUGCUGACAUUUUAGCGAGAAAAGAUGAUCGUUAUAUAGCUCUUGGUUGGUGUAUUCUUAUUCGCAGUCUUGUAGAGUAUGAGAAUUUUAUGGAUAAGCAUCCAGUAAACGGAAUAAGAGACAAUUACAAUGCUUUAUUGAAGAUACUUUGCUCGUAUAUCCCUUUUUUGUCACAUAUAGUAUCCAAGGGAAGCACUUUGCAGGAUGGAUUUGAGUUACCGUCUCGCCUUUCAAUGUCUGCUGCUGAUUGUAUUUUAUCUAUUAGUGAAGCAUUAACAAAGAAGAAUAAGGUUUUGAGCAAAAAUCAAAAGCUGUUGAAUUCAAAUGCAUCUAACCAGCCUAUUAGUCUUGUAUCAGCUGCUAUUGGAGAGAAGAAAGAAAAACCAUCUCGUGAACUUUCAGAAGACUCAAACUUUGACAUGGCAUACUUGCUUUGGAAGAGGAUACAAGAACUUGCUACUCUAUUACAGAGACUUCUUGCUUGGAGCAGAAAGAGUCGGCCUUUACAUGCUAAAGGGGUGGAGCAAGUGCUUAAAUGGUUGCAGGAAAUAAAAGGGCACUAUGGUUACUUUCAGGAUGAGGCAGAUGCAAACUUUCCCAAAACUGGAGCCUUGCUACUUUCUUCUUGUUGGAAGCACUACAGCAUUUUAUUGCAUUUGGAAGAUCAUAAAUUUUCUCAGCAUUGCAAUGAAUUGUUGGACCAGUACAUAUCUGGCAUUCAGUAUUAUACAGACAACCAUCCUGAGGGUCAUACAGAGAACAAGGAUGCUGGUAUGGAGACUAGAAAAUUUUUCCUCAACUGUCUAUGCCUUCUUUUGGGACGUUUGGACAGAAAGAAAUUUGAAAGCACAAUGUCAGAAUAUGGAAUGCAGAUAUCACGUAUUCUUUUAUCUCAGCUGCACUAUGCUGAUGAAGAUGUGAUAGCUGGAGCUGUUUGCAUAUUUAAGGAAGCCAUAUUUAAACCAAAUUAUUAUUCUGGAGAUGGCCUCACUGAAAGUAGACAGAUGGAUAUGGUGUUACCUUUGUUGCUUAACCUUCUAGAUGAGCGUGAUGGCAUUGCUAAAGCAGUUGUUGUUCUUAUAGCAGAAUAUUGCUCCAUGACCUCAAACAGUAAUUGUCUGAAACAAGUUCUGGAGCGCCUUGCUUCUGGAAAUGCUUUGCAGAGAAGGAAUGCUAUUGAUGUUGUAUCACAAGUGUUGUGCAUGUCAUUGGACUCCACAGGCAAACUUUCCCAUUUGGCAUGGCAAGAUAUAGCAAACAACUUGCUAGAGCGCUUUAGCGAUGAAGAUAUUACAAUUCGUCAACAAGCAUCUAAAUUGAUUUCAAUGAUAGAUCCAGCAUUAGUUUUUCCUGCCUUAGUACACCUUAUUUAUUCAUCAGAUGAAGGGGUGCAAUCAUGUGCUAGUACUUCAUUAACUACAAUGCUCAAAUGUCAUAGCCAGAAACCUGAAGUUAUAUGUAUGCUGCUUGACUGCCUUAGCAAUCUCAACCAAGGUCUAGAUCUUUCACUAACUACUGGAUAUCAAAGAGAAGGACCAAAGGUGGAUAUUGAUCGAGUACUUAAGCUGAUGUCAGAGUGGUCAAAAAGUGUCCAAAACUGGAACUCCUUGAUUGGACCAUUGAUUGACAAGAUGUUUGCAGAGCCAGCAAAUGCAACUAUUGUGCGGUUUUUAAGUUGUAUAAGUGAAUACCUAGCAGAAGCUGCGGAUGUAGUACUUUCUCGUGUCCUGUUGCAGAUUAAGCCACAGGAAGGGAUCAGCAAGGGCUUCUUGUCCAGAUGGGAGAGUAAAUCCUGCACGAGUGAGGAGUUGAUGAAAAUGGAACAAUCUUUAUUUGAGCGCCUUUGUCCAUUACUUAUCAUUCGGAUGCUUCCAUUGGGAGUUUUUGAUGACCUGAAUUCUCAUACUAUGUACGGUCAACUUCCCAUCCAAGGCAUUACUCAUGAAUGGGAAGAUAUCAAUGUUGUUGAUGAGUGUGUUGCUGCAUUCCUUCUACAGAGGGCGUUUAAUAAGUACGAAUUUGAAGAUGUAAGAAAACUUGCUGCUGAGCUCUGUGGCCGCAUUCAUCCUCAGGUGCUCCUUACGAUUGUUUCCUCCUUAUUAGAACAUGCUGCAAUUUCUCACGAUAUACUAAGGAUAAAAGCUUGUCUAUUUGCCAUUUGCUCUUCUCUUAUGGUUAGAGGGAGUGAUUCAGUUUCUCAUCCUGCAAUUCUUCAAAUCAGGAAAACUAUAGAGACAGUUGUGUUGUGGCCGUCUUUAGAUGGGGAUGAAGUUUCCAAAGCACAACAUGGAUGCAUUGACUGCUUGGCACUGAUGAUAUGUGCUGAACUGCAAGCUCUCAAAUCAUUUAAGGACUCCUCAGAGAAGUAUAGCACUAUUGGGAAGACGAGAAAUUCUGGGAAUGAUGCCUCAGAUAACUCUGCUCUGGCCUAUGUAAUCCAUCAACUGACAAAUGAUAAAAAAGAAGUUUCUAUCUCCACAAUAAGGAGUGAAAAAAAUGAAUUUGAUGCACCAGUUCCACAUUCUUUUCGUCUUUGUAUGGCUAACACUCUCAUAAGUGCUUGCCAGAAGAUAUCAGAUUCUGGCAAGAAAUCUUUUGCUCGAAGAACUCUUCCAAAUCUUAUUCAUUCUGUUGAGAUGAUAAUGCAUGCAGAGAUCAGAGCUGCUUGUGUUCAGGUUCUGUUUUCAGCUGUGUACCAUCUAAAGUCUGCAAUCCUUCCAUAUUCAGUUGAUCUUCUUAAACUCUCCGUGAAAGUUCUUAGGGAAGGUUCUGAGAAGGAAAAGAUGGCAGGUGCAAAGCUAGUGGCAUCACUCAUGGGCAGUGAAGAUGCCAUUUUGGAAAGCAUAUCAGAGGGAUUGCUAGAAGCCAGACAAGUGCUCUUAAGCAUAUCUUCUUCGGAUCCUUCACAUGACUUGCGAGUAGUAUGCAAGAAGUUGCUUGCAUGCAUAACUUCUCCUUCAGUUCCAACGAAGUACUUAGCCUAACUUGCACAGAAGACUUACAUUUUCCUCAAUAAAUUCUGAAUAUGAUAGUUGUACUUCAUGUAAUAUAGUUUUCAAAUGAAAAAGUCUUCUAAUAACAGACUAAUUUUGCAUAAAGUUUCCUAAUAACACUAUUUUCUUCGGACCCUUCAAA